AUGCCAUCGUUUCAAUCGCUUCCAGCCGAGUUACGCUUAGAGAUCUGGGAGCUCUCGAUGCCAAGCUGGUGCGAACCGGCGGUCCUCCCUUGGCACCACGCUCAUGACUGUGGAAAUGAUCCACCCGUUAUAUGCCCGCAGCCCAGCAUCUUCAGCGUUUGCCAGGAAUCAAGGGUCGUCGCAGAAAAGGACAAGAAAUACGCAUUUACGUGGGCUGAGAACUCCCAAGGGGAUAAGUUCGAUAACCUUCUCAUGCGCCAGUACAUGCGGCAAGAUGCUGUCUACGUGGCAAAGUCUCAGUUCCAUUGGUUCCGAAGGCAUCUGCUCAUGCUCCAGAAGCGAAACCCAGGCCCUGAGGUGCGCGAUUAUCUUAGGUACAACACCAUUCUGACCGAUGUAAGCCACCUGGCGCUCGACUCCAGAACUCUCAUGGAGAAUCCGACCAAGGUGCGCUUGUGGUUCAGAACACUGCCGAGGUUUCUCCUGCAAUUGCAAAAGAUCACCAUCGUCUUCGGAAAACAAUGGGAGAGGCCGGCGCAGCGGCCGGAUGAGCUCUUGGGGAAGGGCAACAAGGUCAAAAAGUCGGACAAAGAGUAUGAAGCUGUCUCGAAGGAGUGGGCUUAUAAGGAAAUUGAGCCACCAAUGGCGCUCGAGGAGGUGCGAGGGUGGUCAUCCGACCAGACGAUCCGCAUGUGUGACGACGACCCAACGUCGAGCCGCAGGCUGCUCGACUUGUACACUGAGCUGAGGUGCCUCAUGAACUCCACUAAGCCAUAUGAUGACGUGACGGGUGAAUCCAGGUGGAAGCUGAACGACUUCAUUCCGGUCUGGGACAUAGAGCUGGCAUUCGCGAAGCUGGUUGUCAAAAAGUGGGCAUGA